CACCUGUUGCAAAAGAGAAAUUAAUUUUUUGAAAACAUAUGCUUUUAAACAAAAUUCUCUUAGUUAAGAAAUCUUAUCCUCUUUUCAGUGUCGUAGUGUCUUUUGGCCAUUUCUAAAAUAAAUUUAUGUAAUGGAAACAAUGGAAGAAAUGGAGGAAGCUCCUCCGAACGAGUCAAGCGCAAAAGAGGAGGAAAAGCCGUCCAUCUAUCUCCACCAUUAUGGUGUGGCUGAUGUUCCUUCCAACGAAGGCUUCGACGUCGAUCCUGUCGCAUUCGAGGAAUGCCAUUGCGAAUAUGUCAAACCCGAGUGUAUACAUCCUGUCGAGUUUAUAGAGGAACACACACUCGCAAUAAUUAAACCGAGUGCACAGCCCAAAGCUGCUGAAAUCAUAAGGAGGAUUGAACAAGAAGGAUUCACCGUCCUAGCGAAAAGGAAAUUCCAUCUCUUUCCUGAGCAAGCAACUCAUUUUUACAAGCGAUACUAUGGGAAAGUAUGGUUUCCGAAAGUCAUGUUGAAACUGAGUUCGGGGCCCAUGACCAUCAUGAUUUUAGCGAAAGAAAAUGCUGUCAAUGAUUUUAAAAAGCUUACUGGCCCGAGGAAAGUAUCAGUGGCGAGGAAAUUCGCGCCCCAUUGCUUGAGGUCGAUGUAUGGACUGAGAGGUGACGAAGCCACCAAUGGUAUACACGCAAGCGAGUCGGUCGAAGACGCCAGGAAGGAAAUAUUAUACUUCUUCCAAAAUGCUGUGCCGGAACCUUUGAGGAACAUUGAAGAAAAUAUGACAAUAGUUUUUGACAAGUACUAUUCAUUUUUGCUUGACGGAUUGACUGAAAUAUGUAAAGUUAGGCCGUACAACCCAUCAAUCUGGUUUGUCAAUUGGCUCACAUCUAGAGAUCCUGAAAGGCCACUGAUUGCCAUGCCGCCUCUGCCAUCUGCAUCAGAUAUUGAGGAACAAAGACUUGAAGCUUAUAAAAAAAUGCAAAUAUAUUAAAAAAAAGUCUUAAAUUUC